UUGUCUAAAACGCCUAAUUUAAUAAUAAAUAUGCAAUUAGUGUAAUUUCAAAUUACUGAAACCGCAUUUGCAAUUUAACGAAUUCAAUUUGGUCUACGCCUGAUGACCUCGUACCGAAGGCACUGCAACUGUGCGUAUACGCAAUAUUGUAAUUAAAUAAUAACAAUGCAAAUGAUUCGCUAAUAACUAGUGACAAUUUUAUGACUCAAUGGCGCCAACUUCAUGCUCCAUGUUCGUUCCGUUAGUGCAACAGCAACGUGUCCUUGACACUUCUUUGAAUGCAACCCGCCUUCGAUGUUAUUAAAAGCCAAGGAAACGUGCGUGUAAAUACCCAUUCAAGGGGCCAACAAGACUACCGUUUCAGUGAAAAGAAGUCAAGUGAAGAAAGUCGAGAUUGUUAAGAUACUUUUGCUGUGUUUGUGUGUGGUGCGAUGUGCGGGUAGUGGUAAUUAAAGCAUGCAAAUUGGCAUCCAUGGGCACAGAUCUCCUGCCAUGGCAUGUGCCCAACGUGGCCCACGUUGCUGGCCAUCCACCACAACUUGUACCAUGGUGGAAGCGUAUUAAACUGAACUGAAAAUAACUUGGCUCCGCAAUCACCACAUUUGCAUUGUACCAGCGUUUGUUACGUUACGCAACUGCAACUGACCCCAUCUACAACUACAUAUAACCACUUCAUCUCUCCGCCAUAUACCACAGCACACAAAUCCAGGUCCUGGUACCAUCUUUACUUCUCGCCUAGUGUGUUUGCUGCAACAACAACAUGUCGGAAAUUGUGGACACCGAGCUGUUGGUCAACUGCACCAUUCUCGCCGUUCGACGCUUCGAAUUGAACAGCAUUGUGAACACAUCGCUAUUGAAUAGCCUCAACCGCACCGAGGUGGUCAGUCUUUUAUCGGGCAUCAUAGAAAAUCGCGAUAAUCUGGAUAGCAUCAACGAGGCCAAAGACUUUCUUACUGAAUGCCUAUUUCCAUCACCAACGCGUCCAUACGAGUUGCCAUGGGAACAGAAAACGAUAUGGGCGAUUGUUUUUGGCCUGAUGAUGUUCGUGGCCAUCGCUGGCAAUGGAAUUGUUCUCUGGAUUGUUACAGGACAUCGCAGCAUGAGAACGGUCACAAAUUACUUCCUGCUAAAUCUAAGCAUUGCCGACCUGCUCAUGUCCUCGCUGAAUUGUGUCUUCAACUUUAUAUUCAUGGUGAAUUCAGAUUGGCCAUUCGGUUCGAUUUAUUGCACCAUCAAUAAUUUUGUGGCCAAUGUAACAGUCUCAACAUCGGUUUUCACUCUGGUGGCCAUCAGUUUUGAUAGAUACAUCGCCAUUGUGCAUCCGCUCAAGCGGCGCACAUCUAGACGGAAAGUGCGCAUCAUCCUGGUACUGAUCUGGGCACUCAGCUGUGUCCUGUCCGCUCCGUGCUUGCUCUACUCCAGCAUCAUGACCAAACAUUACUAUAAUGGCAAAUCGCGCACUGUUUGCUUUAUGAUGUGGCCCGAUGGUCGCUAUCCGACUUCAAUGGCAGAUUAUGCAUACAAUCUGAUUAUAUUGAUUCUUACCUACGGCAUUCCCAUGAUUGUGAUGCUCAUUUGCUACACUUUGAUGGGAAGAGUGCUCUGGGGGAGUCGUUCUAUUGGAGAGAAUACAGAUCGUCAGAUGGAGUCGAUGAAAUCGAAAAGAAAAGUGGUUCGAAUGUUUAUAGCGAUAGUCUCCAUAUUUGCGAUAUGCUGGCUGCCCUAUCAUUUAUUUUUCAUCUAUGCCUAUCACAAUAAUCAUGUGGCAUCCACAAAGUAUGUGCAGCACAUGUAUCUCGGUUUCUAUUGGUUGGCCAUGUCCAAUGCCAUGGUCAAUCCGAUUAUAUAUUACUGGAUGAAUAAGAGAUUCCGCAUGUAUUUCCAACGAAUCAUUUGCUGCUGCUGCAUGGGACUAGUUCGACACAGAUUUGACUCGCCCAAGAGCAGACAGACCAAUAGAAACAGUUCCCAAAGGCACACAAAAGCCGAGGCCAAGAGUCAAUGGAAACGCAGUACAAUGGAGACACAAAUCCACCAGGCACCGCCAACAUCAUCAUCGAGAGAUAAGCAGACCGCGACGUCAGGGCAAACAUUAAAUCGCGCUGCCGUCGAGUGCAUAAUGGAGAGGCCGAUGGACAAUGACAACAGUUCGCCAAUUUGCCUCUCUAUAAACAAUAGUGUGGGCGAGCGACAGCGUGUGAAAAUCAAAUACAUCUCCUGUGAUGAGGACAAUAAUCCCGUCGAGCACGAUUCUGAUUGCCACUCUGCAUUGAGAGGGCAGCCCAAACAGCUGUGAUGGCAGCACUAGGGCAACUACAUUGAUGCGGUUGUGGACACUAAGAAAUGUUGAUUUGUUGAAUGGUUUCCAUUGCUAAACUUGUACAUAGAUAUAUGCAAAACGAAUUUCCGGUUGUCAAAAACUAAA